CACUCGCGCGACCGUCCCGUUUUCAGUUGAUUUUCUGCCUCGGUGCGAAGUACGCGCGUGUGUCUGGUGCCGGUGUUAGCGCGCGCGCGAGCGUUUUCGAAGUUUCGGUUCGCGUACGUAGCGGAAAUGUUGCUCGCGUAAUGUUGUUGGUCGCGUGUUGCUGCUCGAAUCGGGCUGUGCGGCAAUUUUUGUAACUAAAAGCGCACAAAGAAGAGUUUUACAGUGAUAGUGAGCAAAUAAAAAAAAAAAACAACCAAACGAAAAAGCAAAACAAAAAAGGAAAAGAUCAAACGAAGAAAGUUGCUCGCGUGAAGUGAUGCGCAUCGGUUGUGCUUUAACGAGCGUGUUUGUGUGUGUGUGGAGCGCGAUAUGUUGUUUCUUGUUUUACGACUGGUGAUGCUCAUCCCAUAAACGACCCAUCUGCACAGCGCGAGAUAAGCAGCGCGCCCGCGGUGACCCUGCGAAGUGGUCAGGCAGGCAAGCAAACACUCCUUCUUUCGCUCUCUCUCUUUCCGUCUGCUUCAACCAUCGUCUAAUGACGAUGACACAUUAUUCAUCGGCAGCAUCCACCAGCGGGCAACAGCAACAAACGGUUGCCUUCUAGUAGGCCGUGCCCGUUGCCGGAUGGAAAUUAAACGUUUCCAUGUGAUAGAAGAGAACACUCCACUCCACUCGCAUGGUUGUGUGUUACGUUCUUCCGGCUCGGUGUCGAAGAAAGAGAGUCAAAGCGAGCGAUUAAACCCAUCGGCAAAGGCACAGUGAGAUUCUGUUUGAAGUGCAAAAGUGUCUACUGCUAGAGCUGUGAUCUGAAGCGAAGGAUCUUUUUUAAAGGACGUGUAACUUUUCGAUUACCUCGGCGAGCUCGAUGCGCUCGGUGAAAGGUGCAAAACAAAUAAGUGGAAGCCUGUGGACGAGGUGGUGGUUUAAUAAUAAUAAAAAAUAAAAUAUAAAAAAACUCCAAGCAAUAAGCAACUCGAAGCAGUUCGCUGCACAAAAGUGUCCGGUGGUGAAGAGAGAUAGAGAGAGAGAGAAAAAAAAGAGCCCGGGAGGAAACUUUGACGACGCGAGUGUAAAUUUCGGUGAAUAAUGAGUGCGCAACCGGCGGCACUAAAUGCUUCUAAGCAGUGCCACCACGUUCGGUAAUAAAUAAAUUACGCUGCUGCUGCUGCAGGCUGUAAACUGGUUGCCGACGAAAAACUCCCAUACUGCCCCCAUAAGAACGGCACGACAGAACCGCCGCGUGGGGAGGCGAAGCAAUCGAAGCGCGUGAUCAAGAUGUGCAUCAAACGAGCGUGAGUGCCGACACCUUCGAAGUAUGACUGCAACCUAAAAACCACCGUGAAGAAGGAAAACUAACUCACACUACAACAAAACCAGCCGUACGAUCGUCCAACUCAUCAUCUCUCUGGAGGCAGAGAAAGAGCUAGAUUUGGGGCGUUACAAGAAAACGCAACCACCCUCAAGAGAUGAUGGCGGACUUAAGUGGCUUUGUGGCUAAUUCCCACCACCUUGAGCGGACAAUCCACCACGUCACGCUAGUGCUGCUCCUGUCACUCACCCUCCUGCCCACCGCGAGCAGCUUCUGUCCGUCGCUGUGUACCUGCGAGAGUGAUCGCAAUCUGCGCACGUCCUGCAUUAACGCGUCGCUCGAGGUGGUACCGAUCCAGCUCAACCCGGACGUGCGGUACCUCAACCUGACCGCCAACCAGAUCACCAACGUACACUUCACGCUCGCCUUCUACUAUCAGCUCGAGUCGCUCGACCUCUCGCACAAUCGGCUCGAUACGCUCGGCUCGAAAAACUUCGAAUCGCAGGAAAAGCUGCUCGCCCUCAACCUCACCCACAAUGUGCUGCCGGCGCUGCUGAAGGACAGCUUCCGGGGGUUGCGCCGGCUCGAGCUGCUCCGGCUCGGCGACAACCAGCUGGAGCAGGUCCAUCCGACCGCGUUUCAGUCGCUGGUGUCGCUGCGCCGGCUCGAGCUGCCCAGCAACCGUCUGGUAAGCUUCGAGGAGGGUGUGCUGAGGCCGCUGGUUUCGCUCGACACGCUACUGCUGGCCAACAAUCAGCUGCUGGAGGUACCGUACGGCGGCAAUCUGGAGUACCUGCGGUCGUUGCGCCAUCUCGAUCUGUCCGGCAAUCUGAUCGAGUUCGUCGCGAACGACAGCUUCGGCACGCUGCACCAGCUGCACACGCUCCGGCUGGCCGGCAACGUGCUGAUGGAGCUGGACUGGAGCGGUUUCAGCGGUUUGAGCGCGCUCCAGCUACUCGACCUGGCCGACAACAAUCUAACGACCAUCCCGACGGUGCAGCUGGCGAAGCUGUACAACCUGACCACGCUGACGCUGAGCGGCAACUCGUUCGUGGAGCUGCCGCCGAUUGCCUUCCAAAAUCUGUUCCAGCUGCGUGAGCUGCAUCUGGACCGGCUGGAUCGAUUGGAGCACAUCGAUACGAGAGCCUUCAUCGACAACACACACCUGCAGGUGCUGACACUCGACGACAAUCCUUCCUUUUCGACCCUCCCGGUACGGCUUUUCCACGGCAACCCGCACCUCAUCGACAUUUCCAUGCGACGGAACGCACUGCUCACACUGGAUGCCGUGCAGUUUCCGCUCGAUCGGCUGCAGCGCCUGAAGCUGGCGGGCAAUCCGCUCGUGUGCAACUGCACCAUCCGCUGGCUGUGGCGGCUCGUCACCGGCACGCUCGACGACGACGACGGGGACGAUCCGGACGGUGUGGCUUUCCUCGGCAAAGCGCUGGCCGAUCACACCAACAUCACGACCGUGCUGCUGAUCGACAAGGACGAGAUUGGGUGCGAUCUGAACGAGGACGGGCUGGUAACGCGUCGCAUACUGCGCAACAUGUCCGAAGGCGACAUCAACUGCCCGGCCCAUCUCGUGACCGUGCUGAGCGUGCUGCUCAGCCUGCUACUGCUAGCGCUCGGUGCUGGCGCAGCAAUCGUCUAUCGGCGCAAAACUCGCGAGCGCAAAAAGAUUCUCCAGGAGCGCAAGAACGUGCACGAGCGCAUCGUGCCGCAGAAGGUGGAUAAGCUCGAGCUGGAGCGAUAUCUGGCGCAGCAGGUGCUCUCGAACGAUUAUCGCGAGCUGCGGCCGGCCUGUGAUCUGCCGGUACGGUACGACCUGAAGUAUCCGGACCAGACGGCCCACCAGCUUGCCGUGGCGCCCGACGUGGAUCCCGACUCGGACCAUUACGAGAACAUAGACUACCUCCAGCAUCAGCGUGCCCUGGGCAGCUCGACCGCCUCGAACGCUACCACCCAGUCGAUCAUUACCAAUCCCUUCCAUCAGCAGCCACCGAGCCAGUACCACUUUCUGGCCCAGGGGCAACACCCGGCAGCUUAUCAGACGCACCAGCCACACCACCACCACCAUCACACUCACCACCCGACUCAUCAUCAUCCGCAUCAUCAGCAGCAGCAGCAAACGGCGGCAGCACCAGCGAUGACGAUGCAGCAUCCGCACAAGUACGCCCACCAUCCGCAUCACCAGCACGCCGGGGCGGACGGUGCUGCCAACAACAGCAACACCCUGCCAGUGCCUCCCGGGCAGCGCAGCCUUAACAACUACUCACCGAACUUCUUCAUCUACGUCCUCUACUCGCAUUUCAUACUGCUGCUGCUGAUGUUAUGAUGAGGUGCAGGGCAUAGCGCUGCAGGGUGUAUGGUGCGAUAGGGCAGGCGCGUCGCGCGACGCCGCUCCUCUCGUGGCUGGCUGUCAAUGAAGCAAUUCAAUCAAACUCUCAAAACAAUCGAUCGAAACCGGUGCUGAAUGUGUGUUUAUGUACAGAAUGUGUGAAAAAAAAAAAGAUUUUACUUUCAUUUUCCUGUUUUGUUUGAGAUUUUCCCGAGUUGACGUCGCUGCAUGUUACUCAUGCAGGCACGGCAAGGCUAGUAAGACAUAACAGCAAACUGCAAUUGUACAUUAUACGGAAACUCCCAUGGCAACACUCGUACUAGACUAAUGUUAACAAACCCCGUACGUAAGGUUCAGAUGACUUGUUUUAGUUUUUAUUCUUCUUCGCUGCAAAAAAAUCGUUCAAAUGCGCCAUAUUAGAUUAAGAUAUUUUGUUUUUAUUAACACGCAAUUGUACUGUAGGAUGGGUAAGGAAGGUCUUUAGAAAAGUCUUUUAUUGAUUGCAACUGUUGAUAUGUUGGCAGCUAAUUGUGUUUUGAAUUGCAUUAUAUGAUCCGAUUUUUACUUCUUAAUUUAUCUUUACCUUCUAACCUACUCUACACUCUUGUGUCUUUACUCUUAGGGACCUUUUGUUUACUUCCAACUGUUUAUUUUGUGCUUUAUCUGCUAAGCGUUCCUCUGUGCUUCCUGUUUGGCCCUACACUAACAACUUUUUAGCAAACCUUUCUGCAAAAUUAAUACCUUUGUACAGUAGAUAGAGAUAAUUUAUAUUUUUACAAAUAACAAUUACGAAAAAAACACGAAAAUUCAUUCAAAAGGAGAAAACAGAACAAGCUAACUCACAACAUGUACAUCGUGGAAAAAAGAGGCAUAAAUUUGAUAAUUGAAUGAAACAAGAAAUGAGUAAAAGGAAUGUUAAAACAAUGUAAACAAAAAGCGAUAAUCUAAUAAGAGUAAACUAAACAAUGGAUAGCGCAAAAGAGAGUUCCAUUGAAGUGUAAAAAAUCAUUCUUUAGUUGUCUCCAGCAGUAUAAACAACCCCCAUUAUAUAAGCCUGUUUAGCGGAACAUUUUUUUGUACGAAAACAAAACAUGUGAAAAUUAAAAGCAAUCAUGGAAAAGAGAUAAAGGUUAGCAAAAGAUAAAACAUUUGAUAAAAAAAAGGUGGAAACUAAUUGAACAAGACAAAAACGCGUAAGAAAUGUGUAAUACUAUUGAUAAUAUUACGAAUAUGUUAAACUGAGUUGUUAUAAGACUGAGCUAGUUGGAGAAAGGUAAAUAAAAAAAAAACAAACAUUAAAAAGGCUACUGAAAAGAAAAUAAAUUUGACUACUGAAAAAUGCGAA